CCUUGUGCAUGCUAAUUUUUUUCUCUGCACAUAUACCUGUUUUCGAUGUUUAAGGUUACUGUAAGGGGAAAAAAUCACUUGAUAAGUAGUGUCAGAAAAACUCUUAUAAUUUAUCAAUACUUGUAUGUUUUAUCUUAUUUUUUUUGUUUUUGAAUGCUUGAUGAAAGACGUAUUUGAUGGUGUUAUUUUUGUGAGACGUUGAUUUUCCAAAAAGAAAAUAUAAUUAAAUAAACACACACCACUUUUUUUCACUGUACGUUUUAAAAUGGCUUCUUUUUUCGAAAGCAUGGUCGCAGGCUUCUCGUUUUUGCGCCAUUACAUUCAGCAUAAAUUAAAAUCAAAAAGGUUCACAGAUUUUUUUUCUAAUAACGUUGUUAUGAAAUUAUUUGUAAUAAUUUAUAAUUACUCAAAAACUGCAUAUUUUUUCUUUCUGUCGUCAUAAUUCACUUAUAAGUAAUUUAUACUUAAAAUCGGGAACCUUUUGUGCAUAAUUUAUUCAGCUUUUCAUUACCGAAAAUUUCAGUGAGCCAAUAGGAAGCUUUCGGAAAAAGAGACCACAAACCUAAAGGCAUGUAUGCCAAAUUUUACUAAUGAGAUAUUUGUUUUUAAAGAUUUCUAUAGGUGUUAUGAAAAUGUGUGAACUGAGUAUGCAGAAAGAUGAUAGAAUUGCGAACUUUUUGUUUAUGCUGAAUAUUCGUGCGCGCGUUCAAAAUUAUUAUUAGACAGAAGUCAGGGUUACAAGGCACAGCUUUAUAAACAUAGCGCAAUUAAAAAAUGCCCAAGACUAGUAGCACAAAAGAAAAAAAUAAUUGAGAAGAAUAGGAAUACGAUUGCCGAAGAAGUUCUUAAAGAAAUGGGUUUGUGAGGGUAAGUUGAAAAUAUGAAAAUCAUAAUUUUCAUCAUGUGUUUUUUGUAUUACACAAUCACAAUAUUUUCAUUUCCUAGAUUCGAUGAUAAUCUUUUCAUUGAAAACGUGAUGGAAUCAGUAAAAGUAUGCCAAAAACGUGGAAAAGUUAAUACACAAAUCCGUUAUAUGCACUAUUGUAUGUGGGCUUGUGAGUUAAAGGUAAAGGAAAUCGGGCCUGAGGAUGCCAAUUGCAAAUAUCCACAGUCGAUGUUAGCAUUUAUUCGAGAUACUGCACCUGGAGACAUAAUCGGCGAAAUUCGAGAGUAUGCGUAUGAAGUAACGUUGGAAACAUUUUGUGAUUGCUUAGGAAUACCAAAACAACAAUUAUAAGAAUAUAGUAUAUACAAAAAUACGCUACAAAUGAAAAAUGUCACAAAUUGUUUAUUAUUUGUGCUGCUCCUCGUCCUCUAUGCCCCUUUGAUCCAGUACUACAGUACCGCUCGAAUGUAACUUUGCAUGUAUGCGAUAGUUAUCAUCUUUGCAUGAGCUUUUGGUAGACUCAGAACUUUCUGUUGUUGUUGUUAACCUAUUGUUAAACACAUGAGCUAUUUUUGCAUGCUGAAAACAAUAGAGUUCAUGUCUUGUUCGCGAAAUUUAAUUAGCUCAUGUUAACUGCGUGUGUCCCAUUGUUGUAUUUAAUUGCUAUAGUCAUCAAGAGAUCAACGAAAGAAAAUAAAAUUUAACAAAGAUUUAAGUUUCGUUAGAUCGCAUUUUAAAAGUAUAAGAACUUAAAACGGCGAUAGAAAAGCUUCGUUAGAUUGCAUUUUAAAAGUUUAAGAAUGCUUUUCAGAUCGCAUUUUAAAAGUUUAGGAACGAAAAACGGCGAUUGAAAUGCUUUUUAGAUUGCAUUUUAAAUGUUUAAGAACGAAAAACGGUGAUAGAAAUGCUUUCUAGAUCGCAUUUUAAAAGUUAAGAACUUAAAACGGUGAUAGAAAAGCUUCGUGAGAUCGCAUUUAAAAGUCUAAGAACGAAAAGCGGCGAUAGAAAAGAUUCGUUAGAUCGUGUUUUAAAAGUUUAAAAACAAAAAAACGGCGAUAAAAAUGCUUCGUUAGAUCUCAUUUUUAAAGUUUAAGAACGAAAAAGGGAGAUAGAAAAGCUUAGUUAGAUUGUGUUAUAAAAUUUUAAGAACGAAAAACAGCGAUAAAAAUGCUUUUAACGUGUUAUGUUCGUUCAUUUUUCUAAAAAAAUAUAUUUCAAUAGCCUUCGUGAUCUUUAAGAAUAACAAUAACAUGCAUGUUACAUGUGACAACAAAAGGAUUCAUCAAAUCUUAUUGUUCUGACUCACGCAUGACGAUAACAAUAGAAAGCAAUUAAGUUCGUGUGUAAACAAAAGAUAUGUGAACGUUCUUCAUGUAGACAUGAGAUCGUUACAUGAGGUUGUAAAACUCGCGUACAUGUAAAGUUACAUUCAAGCGGUACUGUACGCCCUCUUGUUCUACAAGAGGGCGUACUCACUUGCAAGUAUUUUCCACUAUUGAUGAUACAAUUCUUAUCUUGGCUAACCAUCCUCUGCUGCUCCAUGAGCAAUCGAAUGAAGUUGGUAAAUCUGUGACAGUUUGAGUUUCUGUGUCAUUAUUUAUAAUAGCUUUGACCCUUUUUGCUGCUUCUCUCAUAUUUUUCUGCAUCAAAUCGAAUGCUUUCUCUUCUAUAUAAUCCAUGUGUUCUGAAAACGCAGGUCUACUGACAGGUUGCGAUAGCCCAAGUACACUGCAAAAUUCUUCUAAACCUUUCCGUCCUUUUCCUAUGAUUCUGCUCACAAGCACACUUUUUCUAUUAAUAUCAAAAACCUUCUCCGAUUUUUCUGUUGUGUAAAAUCCGUGAUGUGGGUGACGCAACUUUCAUUUGAACAGUUGGAGCUUAGCUUUGUUGCUAAUCCCACCAUAAAAUUAGAUUUCUCCUCAACCUCAACUUUUGAAAAGCAUUGUCUACAAGCAACUUGUUCCUUCACAUAUUCUGAUAACAGUUUUAUGUUCACUAUUUAAGAACUACUUUCCAUUUUAUCUUCGUCAUCAUCGAAGUCAUCGUCUGUAUCAGAAAACGAACUUUACUCACUGCAAUCAUUUUCUCCCUAUUUAAAGAUUUUUUUCCGACUUGUUGAUGAUUUCAUUAAAGGUGUAUUUUCACCAACAUCAUCAAACCAUGACCCUUUUUUUUACGUUUUCUUGAGGAACGGAAAGGAUUACUUUUAUAACUAUAUUUCGACAUGAUUCCAAUUUAAUAUUAAGACUUCUGAAAGUAUGGCACAUAGCCGUAUGAAUGCACAGAUUUUCAUGUCGACUUGUUAGAUAAUUUUGUUUGUUAUUUUUUAAAAACAUGAUUACGUUAUUGUUAGGACAAUUAUCUACACCAGCUGACUUCGACUUUUUCGCCAUCUCAGAUUUCAUAUGCACACUCCUUAACUUUAAUGAUUUUUUUACGACAACGUUUACAUAUAUUUAUAUAUCGAUGGUGAAAGUAAACUAUCUAAAAAAUAUUAUGCAUACUUUUAAACGGGAGUUCCAUAUCAUGCAUAAUGUUUAUAAAAAAUAUGAACAACUCAUUUUGCACAUAUUUUGUUGAAGGUGUGAAGAAUAUAACAACUCUGAUAAGGCUUUUUCCAGAAAAAAGUGAUGUUCCAAAAAUUUUUAUAGAAUAUAAAAUAUGUCAUUCGAAAGAGAACUUUUUUUUCUAUAUGUCAUAAAUUUUUUGCAAAAAACCUAAAAAAAAAUUAGUUUUCUUUACAGUAACCUUAA